ACUCGACUCAACUCUACUAUCCAAAGCUUAUUGUUCGACGCUUGGACCGACGACCUAGCACCUCUACAUCCUAGGCACAUUCCAGCAAUCGAGUUUCUAACUGCCACUUCGUACAUUCCCCAUUUCGUAACAACCGCAGCGGGACCCAGAUUUUUGCGCAUUUCCGUCGAUAAAUAGUAGAGAAUAGUAUGGAUUUCGGCUUUCCCGGCUUUCAGUCCCCGUAUUACCACCCGUAUCACGAAUCGUCACCGCGCCACGUUCCGAACUACUCCCGCCCAGCAAUGUGGGGAGAGAUCGAGGACCCCUUCGAUUCCCGCUCCGCCUACUACUCUCGGGCGGCGCAGCAACAGCGCCAAGCGGAAAUGCGCCGACAGGCGGAACUGCGCCGGCGGGAGGAGCUGCGGAAAGAGGAGGCGCGGCGCCAGGCGCACGCUUCCGCGCUCCAGCAGGCGCAGAUCGAAGCGCAGAAGAAGCAGCAGCUGCAGCAGCGAUACCAGCAAUGGCUUCAGCAGCAGCAGAUGCUGCGACAGCCGCAGAACCAAAAGCAGGCUCAAGGUGCGGCAGCGGGUUUCCAACAGGACCCACGUAUACAACAACUCGCGGCAGCGCAACUCGCAGCGCAACUCGCGGCGAAAUAUAAGCAGCAGCAGCAACAGCAGCAGCGGGGCAGCGAGAAUCUCGAAAGCGAGAGUGACGAGAGCGACGAGAGCGAGAGUGACACAGCCUCGCAGUGGGACGACAGCGACAGUGUCAGCGAGUCUGGGUCGCAUUUGAGCGAGCCCCGCUCCGAAUCCGACAGCGAGUCAAUGCCUGAGCUGGCUUCGUUAUUCGAGCCCGCGACGCCGCCGCCAGGCGCAUUCGUGACGAGCUCUCCGAAGAAAACGACGCCUGCUCCAGUAACACAAGGAUCAUCUGCAGAAUCAGCAAAAGUAGCAGCAGAGGCGCCAUCAGCAGCAUCAGAUCCAGCUGCAGACUCAGCAGCACCAGCAGCAGCGGCAGCAGCAGUGCAAUCCCCACCCAAGACCCCAACGGCGAGCCCACUGCCCAAGAAUGACGCGACUGUUACUAGUAGCGCUACUAACGCUGCUCCUAUGUCGGACGACCGUGCAGCUGUAACGAUUCAGGCGGCGUGGAAGGGCCACCAGGUGCGAGCAGGGAGGCCUCUAGAAGUCGCCAAGCCGAUCGUGGAGCUUCGGAAGCUGGCUCGGGACAUGGAGGAGAGGCUCGGGGACAAGGAGUUCGUCGCCAAAGUGGUUUCCGAACCUAUGGAGAAGCUUCGGGUGACCGAGACGAUCAUGUGCUGGUUGCUUCGCUUGGACGAGGUGCAGUCAUCUAACAAUGACGUGCGGGCUUUAAGAAGAGACAUGGCUCGGAAGCUUACUAAGUUGCUAGACAGGGCGGAGGCGCUCAAGGCCGCUUCGUAAGCUUAGGAAUAUGUUGGCUGGAAAAAUAGUUGGCUCGUUGGGUGGUUUAGUUAGGUUUUAGGGCUUCCUUUGGAGUGGCUCAUUUGUACAAAAGUGCUGUCUUGUUUCCGUUCAGUGUACUAGUUGAACACUACACACAAUGUCA